AUGGCAAACCUCCCGGACACAUACGACGGUGCGGGACCUCAGCUACACAUUGCCAAGAUACCAGACCCAGUCCACAUAGCCGUCAUCGGCGGCACCGGACUUCGAGAACUGCCCCAUUUCACGCAGGUGGCAUCUCUCACCAUCCCCACGCCAUGGGGCAACCCAUCCUCCCCAAUCACGAUCCUACACCACGUCUGCUCUUCAAGCGGAAAGACAGUCCCCGUCGCAUUCCUCAGCCGGCACGGGCUCCACCAUGAAUAUGCGCCCCACGAGGUCCCCUCGCGAGCAAACAUUGCAGCCCUCCGCUCGAUUGGCGUGAGGUGUAUCGUCGCGUUUUCCGCUGUGGGCAGUUUACAAGAAUCAAUCAAACCGAGAGAUUUUGUCGUACCUGACCAAGUGAUUGAUCGGACCAAGGGAGUACGUCCGUGGACAUUUUUCGAGGGCGGGGCGGUAGCGCAUGUCGGCUUUGCAGAUCCCUUUGACCAGCAUAUGGCAAAGAUAGUCAGGGAAUGCGGACAUAGCUUGGAAGGAGACGGCGUGGUGCUUCAUGAUCGCGGAACUCUGGUCUGUAUGGAGGGGCCACAAUUCAGCACUCGUGCAGAGAGCAACCUCUACCGCUCCUGGGGUGGGAGCGUAAUCAACAUGUCAUGCAUACCCGAAGCAAAACUCGCCCGGGAAGCCGAGAUCGCUUAUCAGAUGAUUUGCAUGUCCACCGACUACGACUGCUGGCAUAGCUCGGAAGAUGUAAGCGUCGAACUAGUCAUGGCGAAUAUGAAAAUGAACUCGGCGAAUGCAAGAAACUUCAUUGGCGCGGUGCUGGAUGAGCUCACCAAGGAUGAGCACGCGGCUCUCGUGCGGGGAAAGCAUCUUGAGGGCUCAUGUAAAUUGGGCUUGAGCACGGCUCACGGUUAUCUGGGAGAUGAGGCUGUGGCGAAACUCGCGUGGCUUUUCCCGGGGUAUUUCACUAACUAA